AUGUAAACUGUUUAAGAUAAUUCAUCGACAAUAAUUGCUCCUGUUAUUGAUGAAGCGUAAAUCACAAUAGGUACAGAUGAUAGAUAAUCCUAGUAAUAUAUAUUCCUUAUUAUUCUCUAGAUCAUUAAUUCAAGUCAAUCAUCAUGCUAACAUGAAAAGAGUACCAAUAACAGUUGUUUGUCCUUAAUGUAAACAACAAGGAACAACUGUUAUAAUACGUGAGGUUGGAGCAGCAACAAUAAUGGUUGGUUAUUUACUCUUCUUACUAACUACGUAAAUUGAAUUUUCAUUAAUAUAGAAUAUUUUGUUUUUGGAUUCCUUGCUGUGUAGAUGAAUGUCAAGAUGCUAUUCAUUAAUGUCCAAACUGUAAAGCAGAAGUAGGCAUAGGUCCCUAUUAAAUUCUUUGA